AUGGCGACGACGCCGACGACGGCCUCCUCUUCCGAGGCCCCCGGCAGCUUUCAGCUGCCAUGGCAGGCAAUCCCCAAGUUUAUCCCUGGAACGACAGAUGUAACAGAGUACAGUCGGAAGCUUCAGUUUUUGGCGGCUAUGUGGCCGAAGGAGCAUCUUUCCUUACUGGCGCCCAGGGCGGCGUUGAUGUGUGAGGGAACUUCGUUCAAGAAGGUGGCAUCUCUUGAUGCCAGCAAGCUCAAGGCCAAUGAUGAAUCGGGAGUUAAGCUUUUGGUUUCAACAUUGGGAGGCUCCUGGGGCAAGACAGCACUUGAGGAGAAGUAUGAUUGCUUCGAGAAGGCCAUUUACGGCACCAUCCAGAAGGCUGACGAGACCAACGACAGCUACGUGGCCCGGCAUGAUGUGCACUUUGAGGAGUUGUUAGCUGGGGGAGUGACCCUCAAGGAGGUUCGAGCGUACAUUCUUUUGCGACAGUCGCAACUGACGGCCGAUGAUCGGAAGCGGAUUGUUGUAGAGAUGAAUGGCGCAUUGGAUUAUCAGAAGGUUUGCUCAGCAAUACGGCUCCUGGGUUCUCGGUUUUUCACUGACUUGCAGGGUCAACGCAGUGGUAAGACUAAGACCUAUGAUGCCAACUAUGUCGAUGAAGGCGCCAAUGAGGAGCCCGAGCGAGCUCUACAGGUUUCCGCACCCAUCGCCAGCGAGGAUGGCGAUGGCGACUUGGACAAUGAGUUCAUGGAAGCGCUGAUCGCCGCGGAGGACCAUGACGCCAUGCAGGUUCAGGCCUUUGAGGAGGAGUUGGAGGGCUUCUUUCAGGAGACUCCAGAUCUUCAGGAGGCCCUGGUGAGCUAUCUGGAGGCAAGAGGCCGCCUCCUCGCGAAGAAGCGCUCGCGUGGGUUUUGGCCUGUGGCUUCCAGUGGCAAAGGGUCCAAGGGCGGUCGUGGCUUUAAGGGCGGAAAAGGAAAGGGCAAGAAUGCCCGAGAGCAGCUCCUUGCCAGGAUCAGCCGGAGUCACUGCAGAGCUUGCGGUGAGAAAGGACACUGGAAAGCUGAGUGUCCGAAGGUCGGAAAGUCCGGUGCCAAAGGCGAGACCGCCACGACGACCGUGGCUGAGGUGGAUGAGUCCACCUACACGAUGAUCGAGACUGCGGAGAACUCCAUCGCCGAGAUCAGUACCAGCCUCCCCGAGGGAACUUUGUCCCUGGACGAGGCCCACCUAGCAGUAAGCGAGCAUAGACAGGAUCAGAUCAAGCACCGACUUAGACAAGUGGUAGAGAACAUGCGCCCCAUAGAAGCCAUUUUGGAUACGGGGGCUAGCCGCUGUGUAAUGGGCAAGAGCCUAGUGUCUGGAUUCCUUAGCCAGCUGGAGACCGCUCAAGAUCAGAUUUUGUGGCUGGGAAUCGAAGUUGUGCCAGGUGGAACGUGUCUCUUGCGCAAACACACCAGUCGCCAGAAGGCCAAUCUGUGCAUAACGAGGAAAUCCCAGCAGCUACUGAGCCCAAGCGCACCCAUCCUGCAUUCCCGCCUUGCGUUGCACCUUCGUUGCCUCCCCAUGUUCGUGUCGAAGGGUUCCCUCACUUUGGGAGCUCGGUACGCUCAGCUGAACGACCCUCAGCUGCAUCUCAGCCUGGACGAGAUGGAGGCAAUGAGCCUCGAGCAACUAGGCGAACUGAAGAUCGAUUUCGGGCGCACCAUGUCCGGCCGGACAUACAUGGACGUAGCAAUCAACGAGCAGGCAUGGAGCAAAUGGAUCAUAGAGCAUAUGGCCAAGAGCACCAAAAAGGAGCAUCAGGCCUUUCUGCGUUUCAUGGAGCGCUAUGUGGAGGAAGCCGAAGGGGUCGAAGCCUCUUUGCUGGAUGCUCUCGAGGCUUCCGAGCCAGGGAGAGCCGCAGCCCGUCCCAAGAUCGCUGCCAAAAAGGGAACUGCGUCCCGAGCAGCCGCGUCGUCGGACACGGGACCCGAGACCUGGGAUCUUGUGAACGACCGAGAGCGCGAUUCGGCCCUCGACCAUCAGGUCACAGUUCUCUCCACCCGAGUGAACCAGAUGGAGAGCGUGAUGCAGCAAGUCCUGGUUGCCAUCCAGGAGCUCAAUGUGGAUACUGCUAAGAAGCUUGUUCAAGAAAGUGCUGUGGUGGGGGACUUAAAGAAGUCAGAACUCCACGAGCAGGAGAAAAUGAAGCCAUCAGUGUACUUAGUCUUCGGAAUGUUUGUCCAUGGUGGUCAAGAUUCCUUGUUGACAUACGGCCAUGCCGUGGAAGCGCAGCUUGAUGUUUUAGAGGUUUAUGCGAAUGCCGAUAGGAAGCAUGUGCACCAGACCAUUGCCGGUCGUCUACGUGAGCUCAGUGGCACUUCCGUGUCUCAGUUCGCAGGGUCCUACUGCGAUGGCUUUGCUGAGCAUGUCGCCCGACAGUUAGUCCAAACUCCCGGGACUGCAUUGGCUGCAGAUGGUUCUAGUCCCCUUACCCGUAAGCGGUUUAAGACCUCCACUGGUUCCUCAGUUCCCAACAUUACUCUAGGACCCCAGAAGCGCGAAGGCUCCAAUUCCCCAGAAGGCGACAUGCGCGGUAGUCCGCAGCGGCGCUUUGAGCUGUCGACCGCCAAUCCCGUGCAUGACACAGUCGAGUUGCCUGGUGAAGAGUGGGUUCCACUUUUCGAAACCGCCUCAACCUGCGGAGGCAAUGAGGAUCGCACUACGAUGCGCCCUGAGCGCAAGAAGUUACGAGUUGAAGCACUCGAGACUGCCAUCACGGUGUUAGGAUAUUCUGCCCAUGUUAUCCACGUCCUUGAUGAAGCAAGCUGCUUCCACCUAGGGCAGCCGCACAAGUUCUACUUAGAUCCGGCUGGAGAGUUUCGAUCCGAAGAAAUGUUGGAAAAGUUUCAGAGCAUGAAUUCCAAGGUCUUCAUAAGUACCGCUGCUUGGCAGCGAGGUCGUGUUGAACGGCACGGUGAUAUCGCCAAGGAUAUGCUAGCGCGGAUAGAUACCCAGCAACCCAUAGUCAGUGAUACCUCUUUUGACCAAGCUCUUCUUGUAGCCUUUCAAGCGAAAAACGCAUUGGUCCGCCAUCGUGGGUACUCACCAGAACAGAUUGUGCUGGGCAAAUCAGUCCGGAUUCCUGGAAGCCUCACUUCCGAUGAAGACCUGGCAUCCCAUGCCAUCACCGAAGGCUCUGAUCUUGAAGCUGAGCAACACCGCGUUGGAGAGCUGUCUGAAGUUGAGCGCAAUCCCAGCCUAACAGCUGGAUCUGCUGCCCCUUCGCAAGUUCCUGCGCCCACCUCGGUUGAUCCUUCCGGUGUACUGCCAUCCGAGCCUGAGCCCUUAAAUGGAAUGGAUAUCCCUAUUCCCGAAUCGGAUGAAGGUCUCAUGACUGAGUGUAUCAAUUUGGCAAGCACACCGGUGGGGGAAAUCGCUGGUGAAGCGGAUGAGCUUUUCAGCUUCUUGACACUCCAGGCAAGCAAAGAAUCCACCUGCCCUCCAGUAGCUGAAGACAACCUUCCCUUUGUUGUAGACCCUCUGGUCUGCAACAGUGAGCAAGCCUACUGUCUUGAGAUUCCCGUCAGCGCCAAAACCCUGAAGCAAUGGGCACGUGAAAAGUCCCCAGAGCAGAUGUCUGCUCUUGCUGCUGUAAGCAAACGUAAGGCCGUUGAAAGUAAUCCCUUGGCGAUGGAGCCCCCACCCGAGGUUCGGAAAGCCUUAAACCUCAAGGAUGACCAAGUUUGCGAGCUGUUGGGAAACGCGUAUGGUAGAGUAGACGCCCCGCUGCUGUUUUACAAGGAGUUGAGCAAGCAGCUACUCCAGCUGGGAUUCACCAGGCAUCCUCUUGAGCCCUGCGUGUUUAUGCUGUACACCGGUCAAAAGCUAAACGGGAUCCUCGGGGUUCACGUCGAUGACGGUGUGUGCGGAGGGGAUGCCAAGUUUUCUCAGAAAAUUCAGGAGCUGGAGAAGAAGCUGCCGUUCGGGAGCCGUAAGUAUCGCAGCUUUGUCUUCACGGGGAUCCACCUUGAACAAUUUCCCGAUUUUUCUAUUCGAGCCGCCCAGAGCGAUUACGUGCGCAACAUUCCUCAGAUAGACAUCGGUAGAACGCGCCGCCAG